AUGGCGGACGCUCCGCCGAAGACAAGGACACGGAGCCGGAGGAAGGUGACAUGGUGGCUACGGAUGAAAUAUCGGUUGCUACGCUUAACGACACCGCUCCGGCUUCGUGGAAGCAUCACUCGCCUUCGACAUCACAACAAACGGCCGAUUCUCGCACUCCUUCGACUCUGCCUACCCACCUCAUGUCUGACUUGGUCAUUCCCUAUCCCGGAGCCACUCGCACCGAAUGCUCUAGUCACAGACCCAUCGCUCUGCUGGAGGCGGCGCAUCGAUAGCGACCUCAAAAACCUACAAGCUGUUCCCGUAUGGCGCUCGCGGGACACCCCUCUCCGUUCCAUUUACCGUCUCUACGAGGCAGUAAUGGCUGGAGAGGAAUAUUUUGACGUUAUCGGCUAUGAAACAGAGUACUUUUGGUAUCAGGACAGGCGCUCGUGGGAACCCCAUCGCAUACCAGAUCCGGCCGACCCAGAUCCGAUUCGCUAUGCGAUCCUCGCAAGCAUCGCCGAGGCGUUGGUAUUUGCUCUAAACUGGCGCCUGAGCAUCGGUAUGCGCAGGAACGGGAACCAUAUUUAUCGCCAGCACGGAAGCGACCCUUAUCCGCCGUAUGACCCCUUGCCUAUGCCGUCGUGGACAAGGGAUGUGCCCCCGGUUAAAAUUGACCAUCUCCGUUCGGCUAUGCCCAGCAGCAUGCUCGACUCUGAAGGCAGGCUGGUGCUUAUUGACGAAGGAAAGAGUGAGGUGUUUCGAAAGAGGAAUAUCGUUGCAUCAGAGUACAAGUUCUAUACUAUAUAA